AGGUGCCCACUGGCCACACACCGACCAGCCGCCAGCGAGCGGCCAUUCUUGUUAGCGGAUGGUGAAAGACAUCACAAUCAAUGGGAGCGCCCGGCAGAUAAAACAGGAGCCGGCCUGUAAACCUUCAUAAAACAGCAGAUCGGAUGCAACCGGUGCAAGCAAAUGGUUGACAAACAGGCCCUGGGGAGGGCGAGGGCCGGCCGGCCGGCGCGGCGGCGCGCCGGUGUGCCUCUCGUUGGGCGGGCGGCGCGUCCCCCGGACGCAGGCGCGCGGCAGCGUCCGAGGCUGUACGGCGGCCGGGUACAUACGGCGGCGGGCCGCGGCGCUGGCCAGUGCCCAAGUGACGCCCGUCGCGUGCAGUGGCUGGUGCGGAGCGGCCGACGUGGAAUGCCCCCGCGCCGACCCGGUGCUGCCACAUCACUCGGCGAGCCUCAGUGAGACGCAGAGAGGGACACCGUCCGCCGCCGAACACAGCCGAGAUGCGCCUGCCGCUGCUGUUUCUGCUGGCCGUGGCCGCCUGCGUGGCGGUCAGCGAGGCCAAGCCGCGCCGCCGACCCAAACCGCCCAUCAAAGGAGACGACUACAGCCGACCGGGCCGCCGCCGUCACCGCAAGUCAUCAGUAUGCCACUUCGGAAAGCAGACCUACGAGCUGGAGGCCAUGUGGAACCCCGACCUGGGCUCGCCGUUCGGCGUCAUGUACUGCGUCCAGUGCGAGUGUGUACCGAUCCAGCGCAAACGACGCGUCGUUGGCCGGGUCAAGUGUCGCAACAUCAAGCGUGACUGUCCCAAGCCCAACUGCAAGAACCCGGUGAUGCCGGUCGGGGAGUGCUGCAAAACCUGCAUGGACGACGCGUCGAGGGCCCGAUCACGAAUCGACAUGGUGGAAGAAGACGACGAGCCUAACGGAAAGGAGUUCGCCGUUCUGAUGACGGGCCUGUCCUCCUACAACUCCACGGGCAGUCCGUCCAGCAUCACCAACGCGCUGGCCACGGGCCGCUUCCGUCUCGCGCGCCGCCAGCUCACCUACUCCUUCUACUACGAGCGGAUGCCACGCCGACCCGACCGCAUCGUCUUCUUCGACGAGAAGGUGCGCAUCGUCGAGGAGUUGACAACGUCGGCGACCGAGUACGAGACAGAGAGCCAGAAGGUGUGCGGCGUGUGGAAGAAGGUGCCCCGCCGCUACCGUCGGAAGCUGAAGGGCGGCCAGCUGCACGUGGGACUGGCGUACGGAGAGCCGGAGGAGGAGGGCGUCGAACAGCUGGACCUGGCCGUCAGCGGCAAAAUCCUCAGGUACCGCGGACUGCAGACGGAGAAGUUCAGCGCCCUGCUGGCACCUCCGGAGGACCAGCCCGGCGCGUCCUCCGGCGCCGGCGGCACCGCCAUCGUCUCGCUGGCCUCUCAGACUGGCAGCUUCCACAUCACGCUGGUCACACACGGCCUCUGGGGACCGGAAGAGACGGGAGAUGGACCGCUCGUGGUGCAGAUGAGCGCCAGAAACUCGGGAAAGAUGUCCAUGGACCGACAGAUCGACGCCAACAAGGUCACGGAGGAUGAGACCAUCAUCGAGGCCAAGACUUCCCUGCUGCCGGAAGAAAUGCGUCGACUGGCGCGCGCGCAGCUGCACCUCAAGGUGUUCUCACGCACCCACCCGGACCGCCAGCUAGAGGGUAUUAUCAUGCCCCGCAUCGGCUGUAACGUGUUCUCCGCGCUGCUGUCGGGCGUCAAAUCCAACGACAAGACACCACCGGCGACCACCGCCUCGGGCCUGGCGACGUUGCGCCUGUGGAACGACGGCCGACUCGACUACGCCAUCCGACUGAUCGACGUGCGCUCGACGGUGCUGCGCAUCAGCAUCGAGACCGACCUGCGGCGACGCGCUGGCGGCGGCGCCCGGCCAGCUUACGAGGUCGACGACGUCCUGCCGCAGUACCUCAACGGCUGGGCGAACGGCACGCUGCGCCGCAUGGUGGCCAGGGACGUGGAGGCACUUCUUGACGAGGAUCUCUACAUCAACGUCGGCACAGAGCAGUACAGGAGCGAGCUGAGAGGUCGCGUCACUCAGCUGACCGUCAGCGAGGCACGUCAGUCGGACGCGCCCAUCAUGCUGACGUCGAGGAACUCUUCUUCGGCGGGCGUCGCCUGGAUGGCUGUGGACGACGACUGCGCACUGCACUACAAAGUUCAGGUGGCUGAUCGAACGCCUGGCAACCGACGCAUCGAGCUGGUCGAGUUUCCCGGCCGGAAACGUCGCCAGCGCGUCUUGGCAGAGUUUGGCGGAUCUCGCGCCGAGAAUCGCAUCAACAACCUGCCCAAGACCACCAUGAUGCGUAUGGAGAAAGGCCAAACCGUUGUCAAGGUGGUGCCGCUCAACGGAGAUGACGAGAUGAGCAGCGAACAUGCGAAGGUGUUCGUGCCAAAGUCGUGUCUGCCGACGCGGCGCAUCCGUCUGGACAACUACCACAUGGACGGUGACGAUGGCUUGGAGAACGAGAUCCAGCGCUCGUACGACUGCGAAUAUGAAAAUCAAAUAUACGAGGAAGGCACUCAGUGGGAGGCCUCUCACGAGAGCUGCAAGAUCUGCAGCUGCACCCACGGCAAGGUGUCCUGCGAGCGGAUCCUGUGUCCGACGCUCACCUGUCGGAACCAGCACACACCCAACGGCUCCUGCUGCCCCGUGUGCGACGGUGACGAGCCGGAGGAGGCCGAGGUGGCCAACGAUCCGACCGAGGGCUGCCUGCUGGCCAACCGGUUCCGAGCCGUCGGCUCCAUUUGGCACCCGUACGUGCCGCCGUUUGGCUUCAACAAGUGCGUCACCUGCACGUGUCAGCUGGGUUCCGCGCCGGGCGACUACCAGGUGUCGUGUUCGAAGCCGCCGUGUCCCGACCUGGACUGUCCGGGCCGCGAGUACAUGCCGUCGGGCGCCUGCUGCCGCGAGUGCCGGCCCGUCGCCAAGAUUGAACCCCGCAUCCUGGCCAGUACUUAUAGAGGCGCAAUGGGCGACGAGGCUCACGAAAUGAGCCAGGAAGAAAUCCUGCAGGCAGGAGGCUGCAGAAAGGGCACCAUGGUCUACCGCAACGGAGACACCUGGCACCCACGCAUCGCCACCAUUGGACUGAUGCCUUGCAUCACCUGCAGAUGUCGGGACGGCAGCAAGAUGUGCGGCCGAACACGCUGUCCAGAGCUCAACUGCCGCAACACCAAGGAGGUUCCGGGCCAGUGCUGCCCGGUCUGCGUCGAUCACAAUAAACCGACCGAGAAAAAGGCCACCAGGCGGCGCCGCAGUCAAGUGUGAACGCCGCAGAGGGCGCCACCAGCGGGCGCCAGUGUCGAGCGCAGACUGGAAAGUACAAAGCCGAAACAUUGCGUGCAAUGUGACGAGGCGCUGGACGCGGCUGCGUCACAAAUGACGUCACGGAAUGCUGCCGUGACGUCACGUGCCGACUGCGGGCCGGCUCCGGCAGCCAGGCGGUCGCGCCGGGUCAGGCGGCCACCGGUGCUGUAUUUAUUCACUGUAAUGUGUUGCCCUGGUGACACUACGCCACACGGCCGGCGCCAGGCGCGCAAACAUGCAUACCUGUACAUAACUAGUGCCAUAGCGGUAAGUGUCAUUAGCGUUUGGCGGAGUGUUGCGCGCGCGGCGGCGCUGCGGGCUGGCGCGGGGCCGCCUCGUCCGCUCGGCCGGCGGACGGGCGGGCCUCGUCCUCGUCUCGCCUCAGCGCAGCGGUGGCAAGAAAUGGAACUGUACGCUUAUUGUUGGGUGCCGUCCUGGCGGUGGCAGGCGCCGGUCAAUUAUUUUUGUAAACACGCGUGUCCGGCGUUUGUUGGAGCUUGUGCGAGAGAGACUAGCGGGCCCCGAGCCAACGUGAGAGUGAGAGGAGCGCCAUGAGUGAGUGAGAAUGGCGCCGCUGGACGCGAGGUAGAGUGACAGAGACGCUGAGCGAGAGUGAGCCGAACCAGGGAACGAACUCUGCUGAACUCGAGCGAGGCUGGAGGGACAAAGGCUCACUUCCCUACCCUCUUGUGAUCAGGAAACCACUUGUGACUGUGAGCGAGCUGACACGAGAAUCGAAGAACUGCAACCGUUACUCGUUUUGUCGCGGACUGAACUGAGAAUUUCGAGAGAAACAAUAGUGUGAGCAGCCGAUUCCGGCCGCCGGUAUCCGAGUUGUUGUGCGUAAGCCGAGGCUUCGCGGCCGAAGCGGGCGUCGUCGAGUCAGAUGUUGUUCUCAGGGUCGUCUGUUAUAAGUCUGACAGUGAGAUGGUCGGCGGUGUUUUGUGCAGCGUGCUGCUGCUAGCGAGCGCGCCGGGCACUGCGCCAGUGCGGCACCACAUUAACCGAGCAGGGCUGCGAGCGUGGCGGCAGCGCGACGGUCCCUGCCUCCGGGGUGCGUCCGGGCGUCUCUCGUCCCACCGUCCUUCAGAGAGGUGCCGGGCGCCCUGCGGGACGUCUCUCCGGAGUGGUCGGCUCUCCGGGCUGGCUCCCCGGCGGUCAGCUGGCCCUAUGGCCGGCACCAUGUGAUACGACCGACAAUAGGAGCGGGGGCAGAGCGCUGCACCGCCGCCGCCACGUAGUCGUGCCAUGUAAAAUACAGCCAGGCAGUCA